AUGCGUUCAGGCACUCGCCCAGCGACAAUUGCUUUUGACGAAGUGGCAAUGGCAGUUCCUACAAACGCCAGUGCUGCUGAACCAACACUUGUGGCAGCGUCACAUAAUUCUCGCAUCCCUGGUAAGACCUUAACCACUGCCCUCCUUGGCCCUCUCUGCCAAACUAUUUGCAUUCGCAAUUUGAGUCCCCUCGACUCUCAGUUCACUGCUCCAGCUCCUGUCGAGAACCCGAACACCAACACGGCUUUGGCCAAAGGCAAUCUUUGUCAAUUACCCAUCGACAUGAGUUAUCCAUUCACCAACUUUCAUGCACCCUUCGCGGUGACCAGUGGAGCGGCAGACUAUUCGCAGCCGAUGCAUACCUUUGGCUACGAGCCUCAACCUACAGUGAGGCUUUCUAAUAAAAACCUCCCCGACCGGACAGUUCCAAGUGCUUGGUCCCCAGCUAUCCCACUACCUGUCCUACCUGAAGCCAGUACUGUGGUGUGUCAAAGCCAGAGAGACAAUUUUGAUCACCAUUUUCUACACCAGCCUUCAGAUUCUCGUGGUCAUGGUAGCAUCCAUUCCAAUAUCGGGAUCAAUUCUCAGCUGCCCUCUAAAGAUAUUGCUCUUAUCCGGCAAUCGAAGGAAAAACGACAGACUGCCAAUGUAUGCUGGGAGGGUGAUUGUAAAGGCCGCGUCUACUCGAAUUUCAGCAAUCUUCUCCGUCACCAACGAGAACGACACGGCGAAAGCGACAAAGUCUCCUGCACCCUAUGUGGCAGCAAGUUUACUCGUACAACCGCACGCAAUGUUCACGAACGCAAUGAGGUUUGCUCAAGAUCUAAGUGA